AUUCUGUAGCCUCGCGAGAAGAAGUAAACAUAUUAUUGCUCGGUGAAACUGGAGCAGGAAAAUCUACAUUUAUAAACGCAUUUGCAAAUUAUUUUAAAUUUAAUAGUUUAGAUGAGGCAAUUUCUGGAGAAAUAGAUGUAUUAAUCACAUGCGAAUCAUCUACUCAAGAAUGUGAAGCACAUGUGUUCCCUGUAGAUGAAAAUAAAGUUAUAAGAUUGAUCGAUACACCUGGU